UUCCCUCUCCAAGUAAUGUAGCGUGGCUUCCACACUGCACACAACACCUCCUUCAUAUCACGUCCAAGGAACAUGUACUUCUUGAGGAGCACAGGAGUGAUAUAUGGCAGUAGAGGAGGGCCAAGGAGGAGUGUGGUGAGGUGGUGAGGGCGGCGGCGUGAGGCGCGUGUGUGGUGAUGAUGAUGGCUGGUGUAGCAGACGAUAUACUCGCCAGUGCCAGCAGCGACGUCAGGCGGGAUGGUGCACCAAGUCAUCUACGGGCUGAGAGGAUGGAUCGCCUUCGUGGCUUUUAUAGACCUGGGUAUGGCGGUACAGUGCUUCCUGGACGCCGACUCCUUCCUCGGCUCCCAGCUCUACACGGCAGGGGACAUUGCGCAGCAUGUGUGUGUAAAGCAGGAUGUGUGCAUGGGAGUACCCGGCGGUGCCCGGGGCCACGGUACAGUGAACCCGGCUAUGUCGCGGCUACUGGGGACUCAUCGGAUACUCAGCGCUCUCAUCAUGACUCAUUGUGCCCUCUGUAUUCAUCAUAAACCGAUCCUGAGUAUGGCGGUGUGUAGCUGCUUGCUGACGAUCGCCGCCAACGGUACAGAGACACUGUGGUACCGUACUGCGCCCAUCAACUUCUACACACUCUUCCCCGUCGCAAUUGCAGCGGUGACCAUCGUAGGCCUGUGUGUCGCUCCCAGCUUCCUAAAGAGCCCCGAGGUAGAGGCCGAAGAGGAGACUCACCUCCUUAGGCUGGGUCUUCCUCGCAAGAAAUGUUGGAACAAGAAGCGUACCUGAUGUUCCAGAGUUGCCAAGUUAGGUGGCUUGGUCAGAUAACGGUGGUCGAGGGGGCAACAUGAAGGUCACUGGGCGAGAUCCACUAGCUGGAUUUGGCUACACUGCUCAAGAGGUUCUGUUUAUGUCACAUUGUUUGGGGCUAGACUUUUGCUGGAACUGAAAUAAAGUUAUUUUUGUUAAUGAUCUGUAUUGUGCGUUCUUUGGCUCCAAGUAUUUUCAUUAUAUGCUUGACUUCAUACUUAGUGCGUCAGUAAAAUAUUUAAAUGAUCGGGAAGGUAUUGAUUAAAAAUUGAAUACAAUCAAAAUGUAAGUCAAUUACUGCGUGCCUAUUAGGCUUUUUGCAAGAUGAAAAUGAGAUUUAAGUAAUUUAGUAUUGUAUCUUUUUACUGAUUAUUAAUGCAGUAAACAAUGGAAGUACAGUAUAUAACUUAAUUACUUCUCUACUCAUUAGCAUUACGAGGCAGUAGCCUCAAAUAAUGAUAGCCUAGGACACAAAAUAAUUACACCAAUGAUAGAUUUUUGUAUGACACAAAAAAAAGGGUUUUGGACAACUUCUUCAGCACUUUCAUUCUUGUCAGGUUUUCAAAGGCAACACAAGUCAUGACUGCAUUUUGAUAGUUGCUAUUGACAAGGGAAAUAUAUAUGGCUUUAGCAUUUGGUAUGUGAACAAUAGAUACAGUUUGCAAGGACUGACAAAGAGCAGGCAAUGCCACUCUGCUACCCAGUGGAUCUCCGCUCAUUUUCACCACACACCAGAAAAGUGAUGUUAUUCAACACCUUUGCCUACAUAUGUAGUUAUCUUUGAUGCAAAUAAUAAUAAUAAUAAUAAUAAUUUUAGUUGAUUGGUACAAACAGCUGACUUAUAGCGAGACUGUAUUGCCAAUCUCCAUCAUUAGUUACAAACAUAUCUGUAACCAAUUUAGCUUUCAAUUUUUGAACACUAUCAACGUCAGUGUAUACAAGCAAAUAACAUUAUUUAAUACUCCGUAUGUACUUGUAAAUAACAUCUGUUAAUUUUCCCAAUUUAAGUUCUAAUUUUAAGCAAAUUUGUUUUCUUGAUAAAUUUGUAAACACGUUUGUAAAUAAUGCCAUUAACUCUAUUGCGAGUUUCUUCUAUAGGCAGAUCAAAUAAAUUUAUAAAGUCACAAUUUGUUAAAGAGACAAAUGUAAGUAGACCAAGACCCACUUGUUAAGUAAAGACACUGUACUUAACAGUACAUUUUUGCACCACAAAUUAUAUAGGCUGUGGCUCAGUCUAUGAUCUGAAGUGUGCUGUGUCACAGAGGAUGUGUCCAGUACUGUGUCACACAGGAUGUGGCCAGUACCGUGUUAUAGAGGAAGUGGUCAGUUCUGUGUCACAGAGGAUGUGGCCAAUACCGUGUUAUAGAGGAUGUGGCCAGUUCUGUGUCACAGAGGAUGUGGCCAGUACCGUGUUAUAGAGGAUGUGGCCAGUACUGUGUCACACAGGAUGUGGCCAGUACCGUGUUAUAGAGGAAGUGGCCAGUACUGUGUCACACAGGAUGUGGCCAGUACCGUGUUAUAGAGGAUGUGGCCAGUACUGUGUCACACAGGAUGUAGCCGGUACCGUGUUAUAGAGGAUGUGGCCAGUACCGUGUUAUAGAGGAUGUGGCCAGUACUGUGUCACACAGGAUGUGGCCAGUACCGUGUUAUAGAGGAUGUGGCCAGUACUGUGUCACAGAGGAUGUGGCCAGUACCGUGUUAUAGAGGAUGUGGCCAGUACUGUGUCACACAGGAUGUGGCCAGUACCGUGUUAUAGAGGAUGUGGCCAGUACUGUGUCACACAGGAUGUGGCCAGUACCGUGUUAUAGAGGAUGUGGCCAGUACUGUGUCACACAGGAUGUGGCCAGUACCGUGUUAUAGAGGAUGUGGCCAGUACUGUGUCACACAGGAUGUGGCCAGUACCGUGUUAUAGAGGAUGUGGCCAGUACCGUGUUAUAGAGGAUGUGGCCAGUACCGUGUUAUAGAGGAAGUGGUCAGUUCUGUGUCACACAGGAUGUGGCCAGUACCGUGUUAUAGAGGAUGUGGUCAGUUCUGUGUCACAGAGGAUGUGGCCAGUACCGUGUUAUAGAGGAUGUGGUCAAUUCUGUGUCACACAAGAUGUGGUCUGUGGCAGUGUUUCAGCACUCAAUCAGAAUAGCAGCAAUAGUCUAUAUAAUAUUAGUCCCUUUGUCUAAUAAUCUUAAUCUUAUAUGCACAUUACAGUAUUAUGUUGUACUUCUAAGAUAUUAUAGCGGUAUACUGAGAUAUUGAUAUAGGUGUCACCCAGCAGUAUACUGACAUACUGAUAUAGGCGUCACCCAGCAGUAUACUGAGAUGUUGAUAUAAGCCUCACUCAGCAGUAUAGUGAUAUAUUGAUAUAGGUGUCACUCAGCAGCAUACUGAGAUAUUGAUAUAAUUCUUGAUAUAGUAUUUUCAUUUCAGCAGUAUACUGAGAAAUCAAAAUCAUAAAAAAUAUCAAAAUAUCAUAAUUUUAUUAAAUGUUUCUCCUGUCAGUAAAUUAUUAAGAAUUUUAAAUAUAAUUGUAUAUUAACUUGCAUAUUUUAGUAACGUUUUAUUAUAAUAAAUCAAACGUUUCAGAUAUUAUAAUACAAACGAAAUAUUUACUUAUUUAUUUGAAUUUUAAAAUAUUAUUGUUUUUACCUUUUCUAGAAGCUUGUCAUAGUAUUUUUACUUUUACUCAAAUAUGAUCAUUUACUCAAAAUAAUAAUUUGCUGCUCCGUUGAAGCAGAGCACAAUAGUGCCGUAUUUAAUUGUUUUGCUUCAGUUACUGCUUAAUAUCAAUCUUGAUACUUCAUAUUUAUAUGCUAUAAAACAUCUCAAUUUAAAUGCUUAAGAUGCAAUCUAUUUCAGCUUACAACAGAAUAUUUCCUCACUAUUUUUACGUAAAAACACCCCAUUUAGUGAAAAACAAAUGAACAUCUUAUUUGGUUGUAAUUACUAGUCAUAAAUGACAAUAAAUAAGGUUAUUAAAUUUGGGGCUCAUUGUCAAAGGGACAAUGUUGAGGCCAUCAGUGGUAUAUAUAUAUAUAUAUAUAUAUAUAUAUAUAUAUAUAUAUAUAUAUAUAUAUAUGUAUAUAUAUGUAUAUAUAUAGCUCAAGAGAACCGUAAAGCACUGUACUUUAUAUAUCCGAGUUUCAUCAAUAUUGCCGAAUACAUUUAUUAUAUAACUUGUUUGUAUUAUGGCUCUGUGAUUUAUGUAUUAUGUGAUGUAUUUAUUGUAUUUUUUUUUGUACUGUGCCUUUUAAUGCCAAAUUUUUCAAUGUCAUAUCUCAUAUUAUGUCAAGUUAUUUAGGUUUUCAAGAAAAAUGUUAUUAGGAAUUUGUGUUUUGUAUCGAAAGUUUCAAUAAUUCACCCAUGGUUAUACAGUCAUAUUUCUAGCUAACGUGAAUGACACAGAAAGUAACUACAGGUACUUAUUAUAUAUUUACUAGUAUUACGUUGUUGCAAUAUUUUUUAAUAUAUAAUAAAUGUAAACUUUACAAUAUAGGGUUCCCAAAUAUCUUACAGGGGUGGGGGUGGGGGGAGGCUUGUAAAACAACCUGUCCUCACACUUGAUGCAGGAUAAGACGCAUUUAUAGGAGCAGCGAUCUCUAAGUUUGGUCGCUUUAACUAAGCAAACUCGCUUCAGAAAUUGCACGAUAGUCAGUUGGGAGACUGAACUGGUGUAUGUGUGUGUGUGUGUGUGUGUAAUUACCUAAGUGUAAUUACCUAAGUGUAGUUACAGGAUGAGAGCUACGCUCGUGGUGUCCCGUCUUCCCAGCACUCUUUGUCAUAUAACGCU